UAUGUUCAAUCCAAUAUGACACUGGGUAGCUUUUCGAAACCUAGUGGGCAGCGCUAGGUCGAACGAAAUUCGCUGGAGACGCUCAAAUGGUUGCCCAAACUUACUGGAAUGAAUACGAAAGAAAUUCGAAAAGAUGACUGAAGAAGAAAAUAUGGUAUCAAAAGCAGCUGUUGCAUUUUUCUAAAGUGAAACGGAAAUCCCUUUCACAACAGCCAUUGGCAUUGCAGACAGAUUAUAGGCCUCAAAAAACGUGAAACGGUAUCCAUUGGUUGUGUUUCUUAGCAACAUAGGUCUGGAGGGUCUGACCGAGUGAAGUAAGAAUGAGCGAUCUAAGCAGAAGCAAAGGAAGAGGCAGAGACAGAGACAGAGGCGGGGAUGAUAAACAACAUAUGGAUAACGGGAGGGUGAAGAGGCAUGUCCAUGACGAUGAUGACGACAAUAGACACAGGCAUUCUUCUUCGAGGGACGGCAGACGGCACAUAGAUAGAUGGGAUCAUCGAGAGGGCAGGGAGAUCAAGGACAGGGCAGACGAUGAUGGGCGCGCCCAAGGCACAAAGAUUGAAGACGGUAAGAGAGACGGGAAGAGGUCCUCAUCCCACCAAACGAAAGAGAAGGACAAGGAUCUUCGACCUCACAGGGACAGUGUAGAAAAGUCAAAGCGGUCCUAUGAGGGCAGAGACAAUGGAGAAGGAGACCGCGACAACCGCCCUCACAAGCGGCGAGAAAGAGAAAGGGAAGACGGGGAUGGCAGGAAAGACAAGCGCCACAGAGUGGUAGCGGCAGAAGAUGAUGGUGACGAUGCCAAAGCCAGAGAUAGAGGGGAGAAGAGAAAAUUCCAAGAGGAUGAUUCCCAAACCAAGGAUGAUGAUGAAGAAUACCGACACGAGAAGAGGCAUGCAAGUGGGCGAGUAGGAGGAGGUGAAGAACAUCAUGGCGAUGCAAAGCAUCGCGUCAUUGAACCAGACAAUGGAAGCGCCUCCGCCUCUUUCAAUGGUGUUCAACAAGGUCUAACUGUACUGGCAUCAAAGGAAUCAUCAAGGGAUUUGCCAAAGCCCAUAGCUAUUUUGGAGUUUCCUACAGACACAAAGGUAUCUACAGUUUUUAGCACCAAUGUAGUUGAAAAUAAGGCAGAUAAUAUUGCCAGAUCUCAUGAGGUUUUUGGGAAAACCAGCACAGAUGGGACUGCAACAACUAGCAAAGGUGGAAGUUUGUCUCUUGAUGCUUUAGCCAAGGCAAAGAAGGCACUGCAAAUACAGAAAGAGCUUUCAGAAAAAUUGAAGAAAUUGCCUCAGUUGAAUAAAUCUGCUGGUAAAAGUUCUACUGCACCAUCAUCUGCAGCACCUGUUCUAACAGAAGGGUCAGCAUCUAUGAAGGCAACAGCAUCCAGUUCUGUGCCUUUGGCCAUGACAACUGUGGGUACAGUUCAGUCUAAGGCAUCUGCAGGGAAUAUUAAUUUUGCACCUGGAAUGACUGGAGUGGCAGGUCUUAUGCCAGGUCAUGCAAAUAUGCCAAAUUUUGAAGCAGUGAAAAGAGCACAAGAACUUGCGGCGAGAAUGGGGUUUCACCAGGAUCCUGAAUCAAUGCCAUUUUUGAACAUGUUUCCUGGUCAAAUGGCUGAUGAAUUUGGUACUGCUGGCCAGCAAAAACCUGCAAAGGCUCCUGUGCUCCGCCUUGAUGCACAGGGUCGUGAAAUAGAUGAGCAUGGUAAUGUGGUUGACAAACCGAAAAUAACAAACUUAAGCACCUUAAAGGUUAAUAUAAACAAACAGAAAAAGGAAGCAUUUCAAAUCCUAAGGCCAGAACUUGAUGAAAUUCCUGCUACAAAUCCACAUUUUGAUUCAAGAAUGGGUAUUGAUAAAACAAAGCUUGUUAGGCCUAAGAGGAUGACAUUUCAAUUUGUUGAGGAAGGCAAAUGGUCAAAGCAGGCAGAAAUAUUGAAAUUUAAGAGUCAAUUUGGAGAAGCUCAAGCUAAGGAGCUGAAGAUUAAACAAGCCCAGCUAGCAAAGGCAAAGGCUGAGCUUGAUAUCAAUCCAAAUCUGAUUGAAGUGUCUGAAAGAGUUCCCACAAAAGAAGAAAAACCAAAGGAUCCAAUACCCGAUGUUGAGUGGUGGGAUGUGGUGUUGUUACCUUCUAGCAAGUACACUGAUGUCACUGAAGGUGAAUUUAAAGUGAAGAUGGAAAAGCUUACCAUAUAUGUAGAGCAUCCUCAACCAAUUGAGCCUCCUGCAGAACCUCUUCCACCACCCCCUCAGCCUUUAAAGCUGACAAAGAAGGAGCAGAAGAAAUUACGUACACAGCGGCGACUUGCGAAAGAAAAGGAUAGGCAGGAGAUGAUAAGACAGGGUCUGAUUGAGCCUCCAAAGCCAAAAAUAAAGAUGAGCAAUCUUAUGAAGGUCCUUGGUGCCGAGGCCACCCAAGAUCCAACAAAACUUGAAAUGGAAAUUCGUAGUGCUGCUGCUGAACGUGAGCAGGCCCAUGUGGACAGAAAUAUUGCUCGCAAGCUCACUCCAGCCGAGCGUUGUGAAAAGAAAGAAAGAAAACUCUUUGAUGAUCCAAAUACCUUGGAAACAAUUGUUUCUGUCUUCAAGAUUCUUGACCUGUCACAUCCUCAGACACGCUUCAAAGUGGAUGUCAAUGCUCAAGAGAAUAGAUUAUCUGGUUGUGCAGUUAUCUCGGAUAGCAUGAGUGUUGUAGUUGUUGAAGGGGGUAACAAGUCCAUUAAAAGAUAUGGGAAACUGAUGCUUCGCCGCAUCAACUGGGCUGCAGCUGUUGUGAAGGAAGAAGAUGAAGAAGAAGAUGAGGAUCGUCCUGUUAAUAAAUGUCAACUAGUUUGGCAGGGCAGUGUGGCCAAAUCAAGUUUUAAUAGAUUUGUGAUUCAGCAGUGCAGAACUGAAGCUGCAGCCCGUAAAUUCUUUGCUGAUGCUGGGGUGGUACACUAUUGGGACCUUGCAGUUAAUUUUUCUGAUGAUCAAAUUUUUUAGGGAAUAAGAACAUAUUGGAGACGUAAAGGCAUCCCAGGUAACUGUAUUAGCUGAACAUGUUUUCAAGGGAAUCCUUAGAGAAUUUGUGUUACCCUGUUGGUAACUACUAAGUAAUUGGAAAUAUAGUUUCUUGCACCUUAUCUUCUUUGGAGAAUAGGCCCUUAUUCCCAUAUUUCCAACUUUAUGCCAUGCCAACUGCUCUUGAUACCAAAUUAUUUGAUGAACUCAAGAUGUAUCUAAUGCCUUUGGAUGGCAAGGGCAGGAUCAAUUUUUGUGGUGUUCUGUUGGAUUAUAUGCAACUUAUUAGGUUGUAGGUAAGUCACUGAGAAUUUGCCAACUAGACUUUUCCUCACACAAGUUUACUUGAGGAACGACAAUUAGCACCAUAUGUUUUGCUUUACAAUAUCAAAAUGAGAAAAAAGUACCUCCAACUAUAUUAUUGAUGAAAAGCCAAUUCGUGAUUAUUUUGACAAGGUCAAGCUUCUCUGUAUUUCUUUUAAAAUGAAGUUACAUGGAUAGCACUCAAAAAAAGGUACAAUAUAAUCGGAAUUAGAAGCUUAAGCUGGAUAGGCAUACUUCUUGAAUUUCAUCCAGAAUAUUAUAAAUAUUAGCAUCUAUAUUUUUCCAGUC